AUGGAAAACCAGUCGACUGUGACAGAGUUUCUCCUUAUGGGAUUUGCUGAUGAUCGUGAGGGGCAAAUUUUGCAUUUUGUGAUAUUCCUCUCUAUUUAUGUGAUAGCGCUUUGUGGGAAUAUUCUCAUAAUCACAGUUGUGCCCCUCAAUCACCAUCUUCACACCCCCAUGUACUUUUUUUUGGUGAAUUUAGCAUUCUCCGAUGUAUGUCUUAUUUCUGUCACUGUCCCCAAAUCCAUGGCCAAUUCCUUAACAAACAACAAACUGAUCUCUUUCUACGGUUGUGUCACUCAGAUUUUCUUAGUUAUCAGUUUUGUAGGUGCUGAGCUAACCAUACUGACCGUCAUGGCUUACGACCGUUAUGUAGCAAUCUGCCAUCCUCUGCAGUACAGAUUAAUCAUGAAUUGGGGUGCCUGUGCUCAGAUGGCAGCUGCAUCCUGGAUCAGCAGUGUGAUGCAUGGUGUGUUACAAACCAGUCUCACAUUUAGAUUAAGCUUCUGUAGAUCCAAUAUUGUUGAGCAGUUUUUCUGUAAUAUCCCUCAGCUACUAAAGAUCUCUUGCACUGAUCCAAAAGUGAAUCAAAUUCUGAUACUCAUUAUUGGCAGUGUUGUGAAUGCCUUCAUGUUUCUGUUUAUCUUUGUUUCCUAUGGCUAUAUCUUCUCCACUGUGCUUAAGAUUCCAUCUGUUCAGAGCAGAUACAAAGCAUUCUCUACCUGCACUCCCCACUUGAUGGUCUUUUCUUUAUUUAUCAUUACAGCCGUGUUUUCCUACCUGAGGCCUAAAGCACUUUCCACUCCAACUGUGGACUUGGUCUCUGCUGUUAUGUAUUCUGUUUUACCAGCUGUACUGAAUCCUAUCAUUUAUAGCCUCAGGAAUAAAGAUAUCCAAGAGGCUGUGGGGAAAAUACCCAAUCAAUUUAAAAAUCUCAUUGGAUGA